AUGUACUCGAACAUUUUGAGCGGUAUCGCUUCAGGCGGGCACUACACCAAUUGGGAGCACUUUUCGACAAUGCACCAAGCAUUUGGAAGCGACAGUGGUUCGACAUUACUGGAUGCAACGCCUAUAAGUGGUUCUGGAUUAACAGAGCUUCGUUACAAUACUACAGCCCCUUUGGCAAUGUCCAGUCCAGUAGAACUAAACUUAAUGGAGAACUUGACACAGCCAAACCCUAAUGUACCGCAUGGCACUGGUGUCUUGCCUGCCGAACCAUUACUGAACCCAUUAUCCACGUCGACUUCUACAGCUCAACUGUCUUCCAGCGAAGGAGUCCCAUUGUUGCCCCAAAAUUACGACAAUCCCAUUUUGCAGUCGGAAAUCUUGUCUAAAUCUAGUAAAUUGGUAACGGAAUCGUCUUCGGAUCCGCUGCCUACGUCUGCGACCACCCUUCUUCCUGCAAGUGCCACAUUGCCCAACACUACCGUAAUUCCUGCAACGUUGAACAUAAUGCCGACGGAGGCGAGCCAAGUGUCAAAUAAUACCCCUGACCUAUUGCCGACACUGCCCGCAGCUCCUAGUGUUCCCUUAGCCGGUGAUUUGCCGGGCGCAGUUCCCUUGUUAGAUCCACAAGUGUCAGCUUCCGUAGUCAACGAGUCUUCCAUCCAACAGUCCCUCAACAUGCUACAACUCAAUGAUAGUGCCAACCUUCCCUCAAACGUUUGGAUGAAGCCAGACGCGAUCUUCAGCGAGCCGCUUGUGAGACCGGCAUACCAAAUGACCCUUACCGAUCAAGCUGUCGCUGGUGCUGGAGAGUACGCCGCCAACUCCGGUCCUAUCGAGGAUCUCCUGAAGUGCACACCACCUGUGGGACUGUCGGCCAUUACCACGCAACCCGGUGUGAUGUCCGCGACAAACUCAACCCAUCGCUGA